GUGAGAUAGAACAGCCGUAUCCAUUAUAAGGGGGUUAUUAGCUUGAACCGAUCUCCAUCGCAACUCUUGGAAUAAUUCAGUUAGUCACCUUCCCCGCUUCAUUGCAAUAUGCAAAUGAGUCAAACAAGAAUAUUCAAAAAGUGACAAAAGUUACCCUGAUCAGAUCUGUGAAGCUCAGGAUGUUUUAAAGCUACUAUAAAAGCCUCUUUGCAGGCUCUUGGGACUUAAAAAAUGUCAUCGGAUCCUGAGGGCUCAGGCGAAACGGAACAAAAACGAGAGCGUCUUCGUAAAUCGCGAAAACUGGGCCUUUGCCAAAAGCUAUCGGCUGAAAGUCGUGCUUCUUACUUGGAAGGGAGAACGCCGUUUGGACGGUAAGAAACAACUGCCUAUGUAACUCAAGAUUAUAGCAUGUUUCUGUGCUCAAAUUGUACAUCAGUUGAAACAUAGUACUCUGUCUAAAGGUGUAAAUUUCGUUUCUUGUUCGAAAGGGAAAUGUUCCUUAAUUUCGACGGUUUUCAAGCUGUGUACAUAUCAUAGGAGGGUGACAUUCGUGUUGUCAAUGGUUUGUCGAUUUCCGAGGCUUUGAAAUCAAGACCUGUUUUUAGAUUAGUUGCGAAGACAUAUUUUAAUUUGGGAAAAGUGCUCACGUGUUAAGUCGGUAUUAUUACUAAGUUUUAAUUGUAUACUCAUAGACUCCUGGGAAAAGUUUACAGUUAACGUUUUCAAUAUUUUCCUCUUUGAAUAAAAUAAGUGCCGGUGUAAAAGUAGCAGCUUUCCAAGUAAACUUUAAUUGGUAUUGUGAAAUUGCAUGUUAAAUCAUCACCUGAAUCUUCGAAUUGUUUUUCCUUUUUUCCUUUAUCCUAAUUGAAUCAAGUUACAAAGUUGGAAAUCUAUGAUCUUGAAUGUUUGAAUCUGUAAAAUGAUUGUUUCUUUAGGAGGGUUAUAAUAAACAUAAUUUAGCCCCACUCUGUAAAUUAAUGUUCCGUUUGUUUUUUGUUUAUUCUGAGUAAAAUUGCCACCAAAAAAAUCAUGUCAGUCAUCGAUCUUAUCAUCCUUAAAUGUUGCAUAUGGUAAACAGAGUAUCAAAUAGCUCAGACUCGCAUACUCCCAGGAUUAUCCAAGGGUACAUUGUUCUGAAAUGACUAGUACAUAUCUUACUUGUACCUGUCAUACUGAUAUAUACACUCUACUGAUGUCAUUAUCAGGAAUAUUUACAUUUUUUUACAUCUCUUUAGUAAGAUUAAAUUAGUUGAUAUGUAGUUUUUGUUCUGUUAGUAGUAAACCACUCUGUCAUGCAGCCUGCUAGUACACUGAGCACGUUCAUGAUAGUUAAGGCUGAUUAUUAGUGAUCAUUGAUAUUUUGAACAAAGUGGGAAUAAGGGUUUUUGGUUUUGCUUUUUAAAGCAUUGUAAGAUUGUUUUUGCUCCAGAAAUUUGCAGCUUUAGUUUUAGUGCCCCAAAUGGCAAUUUUCAUUGUUUUCUUUGGUGAGCAUAUAUAGUUACAUUUAAGUUUUGGUAAAAAAGAAAUCUCAAGGGUAUUAAUCUUGGUUUCAUUUCCAUUUUCUUUUUGAGCAGUUUUUCAGUUUUUGCCCCUCGAAAUUUUCAGUAUGUUCUUGGAUUUUCUGUUUUCAUAAAAAAUGAAAGUGAUUUUCAGGUUAUUGAAGUAUUUUCGUUUUCAAAUGUAGGUCCUAAAGUACAGUGUACAUUACCCCCAUGCACUUACCCAAGGUUCCCUUAAGCUAACAUUAACACUGGUUACUACUUAUCUAGGACAAAAUGUUACUAAGAAACAUAGGAAAAUUGAUCCCUUAUUUUCUAAAACUUCUCACUCAACUAUACUCUUAAAAUUUACUCACGGGAGUGGUACCAGUAUUCCCUUUAAAAUAAAAUGUAUUGCUUGUUCUGUACUGCUACGUCUUGUGACACUCUUGACCUGUUCCAAGCAAAAACAAAAUUGCAAAAUGUAGUGUAAGUGCCUUUGAGAAUUCUGGGCACAUCACUGGGGGAAUAAUUUAUAUCCAGCAUGGAAAGAAAGUAGUGUUCGAGAGCAACCUUGGGACUAGUGGAUUUUGCUAUCAGGCGAGUGAAUUCUGUUCUUAACUUGCCCUACAGGCAAGUGAAGUUUUUUGGGGAAUUCAAAUUACAGAAGAACUGUGAAGUCAUUUCUGCUCACCAAAAUGUUUUUGGGGCUAGUUGAAAGGACGUUUGGGCUAGUAUUAUGCUACCUUCAGCUAGCCUGAAUGGCAAGCUCUAAAAGUGACUUUCUUUGUACCCUGAUAUCUAUAAAAUGUCUUCAUAAUUAGAGGCUUGUGCAUGCAUGUACUUAAUCAAAAUGUCUGAGUAAAUAAGAUCUGACAUUAAUUCUAUAAUUUUUUACUAUAGAGCUCAGAACUUUGAUGGAAAUUACUUUGAGAAGUUUAAUUCACUAGCCCAUAAUGAAAAGCAUGAGACUGAUUGUCGAAAUGAGGUAAGGUAACAACAGUUGUUGUGAAAUUUUAGUUAGCUGCAGCUUAAUAAAAUCUCCAGUCAAACUAUUUAACUACAGUCAUAGAGAACAACCCAGCUAUUAUGGGUCUUAAUUUUAAGGAAUUUUUAGAGAUUAAAAAAUUGAGAGCUGUGUGGUGGUCGUGUUAGAUAAUGUGGGAAUGGUUCCAUGAAUCUGCUGUACCCAAAUAGAAGUGUCCUAAAUCAACCCAGUGUAUUUAUAUUAGUAUCAUAUUCACUAACAAAUUAAAUCCCAAAUAGUCCCAUAGUUUAGUGACAAAAACGCUUCAAUAAUACAUGGCAUUUCCAAUAGUGUUUCAUCUUCACGGGACAAUAAUGUUUUUCUAUAGGAAGUUGUCAAUGCUGAAAACUUAAGUCCUGCAGUGGAAGAUGAGGGAUGUGAUGCUGAAGUGUUGUCAUCAGUUGCUGCUGAAGCAACAUUAACUGACAAACAGGUACAUUAAAGAAAUACAUGAAACGUUUCAUUGUCUAAUUUUACUAGCUGGAUUCUUGUGGCAUUAUAGCUCUUAAGCUGUCUUAAAUUGUCAUUAUUAUUUUAUUGCGUGGUGCUGGGAAUUAAUUUACAGAUGCAUUUGUGGGUGCUCCAGUAACUUUACAAUGUAGGUCAUUAUCGGUCACUGGAUGUUUUGGGGCAGUUGGAGGACUGUGAUAAUAAGAGUACAGAAUUGAGCUUUGAUCUCCAUACACACUGGCCAAGUAACAAGAAUAAAUUAUUUUUGUAAUCACAAUAAUUAACAUACCUAAGUGAAUUUAAGAUAAUUAAAAGGAUGGCUGUGAAAUUUGCUGGACAAAUUUGUUUCAACCAUGCAAGAGCCUCUCGUAUAUGUUAAAAUCGUCCAACAGUAAAAACCUUUUAAGUGCCAGCAAGAGUGACCAACAUCAAUUUUGUCUUAACAGCAUCUAUACAUCAUCAAGGGAAUAGGUUAUAAACAUUAAUAAAAUGAUCGCCAGAGGCAAAAUGCAUUGAUCUCUUAUCAAAUUCUCUCAAUUAAUAAGGUUUGCACGUUUCUAUAUUUUUUUUAGCAGACCCUAAUCUCUGAGUAAUAUUUUGACCAAUACAAACUGAAGUUUUCAACAACUUGUGGUUUCCUUGUACUGCAUUUAAUUUGAAAGCAGACUUGCUUAAGUUUUUAAAUUCAUAUAUCCAUUAGUCACACACUUAAGUGUAGUGCAGAGUUCAUUUCAUACAUGUAGGUACAUGCACACUUUUAAGUGUGGAAGGUUUUAGACUGUACGUUAUACUAUCUUUCAAAGUGUUUCUAUAAAUGAUCAGAAGUGUCUCAUUUUAAAUUGAUUUUGUGACAGCGUGAGGCGUUGUACUGCGAGCUGCUUUAUACUGUUAUUCAUCAGUUGGGAGCACAGAACAAGGCACCUGAGAACCUCUCUGCUGGCAAUUUAUAUGUGUAUGCUCAGGAGGUAACUACAGUACUCUGGAUCUACUAAUGUUUAGUGUUGUUAUUAAAAUAUAUUAUAAGAUUGCGAACUCUGCUCUAUAAUGUGCAUAAUGAUGCAUAGAUCCAUGCAUAAGAAAGGAUGUGUUCUAAGAAAACUUGAAGGGAGCCCAGUAUAUACCUGCCAAGUCUCGCGCCUUAGGCGUGAGUCUCACGCCUGCGGGUUGAAAACUUCGAUCUCACGCCGGCUCACGCUUGCGGGCCAAUUUCUCACGCCUGAUUGAAAAAUGUGAGUUGUUGCCAUCUUGCUUGAUACAAUUUUCAAAAAUAUGUUAACUCGUGAGACGCAUGUAAGGAACGAAAACCAAGUGUAAAAUGAAGUGAAAAGCAAGUGAAAACUUCGCCUUUGGCAGACUUUAGACGUCUUCGGAAGACUUCGGACUUCUUCAGGAAGCUAAUCAGAAAUGAUCGUGUCGUCUUCAAAAAUCCCAGCACUCCCAGGAUAAAAAUCUCACGCUUAUAUCUCAGAAAAAGUUGGCAGGUAUACCUGUACAGUGCUACUAACUUUCUGAGAUCCAGGGUGCCUUAAGCUGAACUUUAUGAAAAAUAUAGGAUUUUGUAGUUGCCCAAUAGUAAAAGCAAGGCACCUGAGCGCUGAGGCCAGUGGUCUUUGCAAGAGGACUGCAGUCUUGACACGUUUGGACUGGGCUUCUGAUAUUUCGUGGAAAAAAACGCAAAAUUUCGUGGGAUUUUCAGGGGCAAAUUUGCGGAAAAAUCGGCCAAUUUCACGGGAUUUUCACGGGAAAAAAGUCAAAAUAUGCUCAAAAAUUGGCCGAUUUCGCGGGAGAAAAGUCAAAAUUCGCAGAAAAAUCGGCCAAUUUCGCGGGAUUUUAGUGGAAAAAAGUCAAAUUUUGAAGGAUUUUCGGGGCAAAUUCUGAGAAAAAUCGGCCGAUUUCACGGGAAAUUUUUGGGGAAAACUUCUCCAAGAAACAAUCAGUAAAAAACAGCCGAUUUCGCUGGAUUUUUUUGGCAAAUUUCGUUAAAAUCGAUCAAUUUUGCGUUAAUGUAACCAGCACUGUUUAACGUCUUUUUAAUAGGGAUAAUCAUUUGCUCUUUCAACAACAGUUCACUCGAGAAAUGAGCGAAUGCUAAAGCUGUUAACAUUAUGGUUAGUGCCCAGUUUUUCGCAACGUUCAUCUAAGAACGCCUGGUAGUUUUGAGACGUUGUUGUAACGAAGUUUCAAGAUAAAUUUGGACAUUUGGGGUGAAUAGAACAGGUCUAAUAGCCAAGAUAAGUAUUAAAUAUGUUUUGCCGACAUGUAUUUGGAAAUAUUUCUGGCGGAUUUCGCGGUAUUUCGUGUAUUUUUGGGAAUUUCGCAGGAUUUCGCGGAAAUACCUGAAUUUCGCGGGUCCGCGACCACGCGAAAUAUCAGAAGCCCUGUUUGGAUGCGUAAUUAUUAAUGGUAAUAAUAAGAAAGCCCAUCCAGUAACCAGUUUAUUAGCUGAGAUGAGAAGAGUGCACUAAUAUAAGGGCACAAAUGAAUGCUCAUCUUAUAAAAUAUUCUGAAUGCUAAUUUAGGGGAGAUAUCUUAGCCAUUAGUGUGUUGAUUAACAUUCCCCCAUCUCUUACUUACUGCAAAGUACCUGACUGUGCCACCCUAUACGGUGUAUGUGCCACAACGCACAAAAAGGAUUAAGGUGAAGGUGUUUUGAAGGUAGUGUCUCCUCCAUUCCUCUCUCUGGCAAUGGUCAGGACAGUGGGGGAUUGGGAUGUUAUAGCAUAAAAUUUAAUAAAACAACAUAAUGAGGUAAUUCAAGGCCCUUAAAAGUAGACAAACUGGAUAAGUAGUUUUCUUCAAGUUUCGUGUUAGAUGCAUUCAGUAUUAAAUUAUUACCAGUUAUUAUAUAACAUUGUAAUUUAAUUAUUGGUGGUUAAGGAAGUGUCAAAAUUGUUUCUUUAACAGUCUCUCAAGAUUUCUGAGGAGAAACACAGGAAUCUCUAUGCCAAGACAAAGGAAAGAGAAGUGUGUAUCAUUUCCUACCUGUGUUUUCCCCAGCUUUUUGUACUCUGUUCAGUCAAUUUCAGAUGCAGAAAUCCUGUCCUGAGUUAAUCACUUAAUUCAUCUGUGAAUCAUGAUAAUAUACGUAUUACCAGGUUAUUACUAUUGGCGGCUUAAUGUUCAAUGUCAUUUGGUUAGGUCUACAGUGUCGGAAAAAUUUACUGAGUAGUACACAUAUCGAAAAAUAUGACUUUCUUGCGUCCCACUUCCAGUAACCUUCAUUUUUAAACCUCAGAGUGUCUCAGACAAGUGUCUCUUUUAAUGAAUUUUUCUAGGUCUUCAGUUUUAUUUAACCAAAUACAUGAACAUGAUUCACCAUGAGUUUUCAUGUAAGUGCACUUACAUGAAAACUUAAGCAAACUAAAGCCUUAUUUUGAUUUUAAUGUCUGUUGUUGUAAGGUCACAACCUUAGCUAGGCUUUAGCUGUUUUCCAUUUUCCAAGUAAUUGCAUCUGGCAUGUUGUGCGUCAUCUGCAUGCCUGAGCUUUCUAACACUUUCCUUGUUUUUUUCAUUUGUUGUUGUUUUGUUUUGUAUUCCUUUUUGUUUUAAUUUUUUAGCCUCCAACUUGUGUGAUAAAAGUAGAAGGUGAUUGUUUGAAAAUUUUUAUUAUUUUAUAAAUAAGAAUAGUUUUGUCACUCAUUCACUGCAAUGUCAAUACUUUAGGCUUAGGUCCAGAACUUUGUUUGUAGUUAGUUUUUAGUUGAAAUAUAUUUCUCAAUUUCAUUAAUACAGUGCUGUUGAUUCCAGUUUCUAAAAUAAUUACUUGGAGAAAAUGCAUUUCUUUGUGCUAAAAUGAGAGAUACAGUGUAUAAUAUAAUGCACUGCUUGGCAUUAUAUUUGUGUCAUUCUUCCCUGCUUUAGUUUAGUUUUUGUAUUUUUUUAGGUUGGGGGAAGGGGGGCUUUUUUAGUGAAAUAUGGGUAAUUUUCCACUGGCUGAGUUUAGCAAAAUAAGUGGAAAAUUAUGUUUUUCUCACACACUAUUGUUGGUUGCCUGUUGCAUCCGCCAUUACUGACCUUCCCACCCACCCACCCACCCGCCCUAAGAUUCAGUUCUGUAGGCUGUUUAAAUGUAAUGUGCAACUUUGUAGUUUUGUUAGUGUCUCUCCUUUCUAGGGGUAUGUUAUGUGUACAUUUUUAGGAAUUUGGAAUACAUGUCAGGCUGCCGUAGUGAGCUUGGCAUGGCCACCAUUGGUGUGUGAGAAAAUUCUUUCAAGUUAGUAAGACCAACUACCGGUAAUGUUCUAAUUGUGAGCCAACAUCCAUUUUGUUGUGAUUUAGUUGUGGAGGCCAGAAAUUUGGAGGCAAAGGAUGCAAAUGGUAUCAUUAUUAUUAUUAUUAUUAUUAUUAUUAUUAUUACUAUUGUUAUUAUUAUUAUUAUUAUUAUUUAAUUACUUACAGUACAUAUGUAUUAUUAUUUAUUGUUUAUUACCAAUGUAAUUACUACAUGAUCUAGUGUUCCCGUAAACUGAUACAGCUGUACACUGUACUCUACAUGUAAUUUAAAUGCAUAAAUUUUUAUGCAAAAUAUAUUCAUCAGAAAUAUAUUUUCUGUAAAUAGCUUGUGACAGUUUCUUCAGUUUUAAUAAAAAGUUUUUAUACCAAAAUAACAUGUAAUUUACAAUUCCUUUGUUUCAUUCUCAAGUUAUUAAUUAACACCCUACCAUGUGUUCCUCACUGACAUGCAACCCGGAGCACUAAUAAAGAUUGAUUGAUUGAUUGUUGUUGUUGUUGUUGUUCAUUGUUUUUACCAUUAUUAUUAUUAUUAUUAUUAUUAUUAUUAUUAUUACAAUGUAGUAGUAGUGGCAGCAGCAGCAGUAGUUGUAGUAGUAUAGUAUUAUUUUUAUUAUUAUAAGUAUUUAAUUAUUACUCUUUCAUUAUUAAUUGGUUUUACUUUUAAUGUUACUGUUUAUUUAUGAAUUGACAAUCAAAUUUUAAUAUUGGCAGGUUUGAGUGAUCCCUACUGUAUGUUAGGAUUAAUGUCAGAUGAAAUUGAAGAAAAGAUGAAAAAAACCAAAGUGCACCGCAAGAAAUCUAUGACAGUCAGAGAUGUUCUUGAUGAAGAUUCAAUCCACGUGACAAGCGUAAAAGAAAAUACUUUGAACCCGGUCUGGAAUGAGGCAUUCACAAUGUGAGCAGCGUUGUUUUAUCCAGAGAAGUAACAUUAUUGGAAUCUAGGCUUAGCCACUUUUCAAAAUCCAUGAACUAAGUUGAUGUCAAUCUGUUUUGUCUUUCGACUUUCCAAGUCAUCAUCUUCAUCAUUAUCAUGCAAUUGUUUGAUAUAUAGAAGCAAGUUAUAUGGCAGCUUGCACGACCGAGGUCCCAAAUAACAAACGGAAUGCACACAUAUUUCGACUCUCACCGAAUUUACGGGCUCUAUAUUUCACCACUGUAGUUAGUGCAGGGGACAAGCUAUGAUUUCACAGAGUAUAACGCGGAAUAUAUUCUAAUCAUGCGCUAGAGGGCUUGAGGACUUUGGUUAAGCUUAAGCUUUUUGAAACUUUUUGCGUGGAAGAAUCAUUUUCAACACACUAAAAACGGCAAAACAGAGGACACUCACCCAGCUUCAUUCAGGAACGAAAAAAAUAACAGCCUUCCUCAAGGACUGCAAACAGCAGCCGGCAAAUGCGAAAAAAAGGCGGGAAAAGCAAGGUCACAUGGUCGGGCCUUUUUUCCCGUUCGGCUUUUGUUUGCCGGUUCUCUCAAACUUCUCUAAAAUCACGCGCCGGUCAUUUGGGGUUUGGAUCUAGCGGUUUCAGAUUUGUAAUGUUUACAUUUUUGAUUGAAGUUAUUCAUAGCAGCUAGUUUUCAGUAAGAUCGUCUAGAUCGAGCGCUUUAUGUUACUGGCGGCCGUGUUGGUAUCGGAACCACCCCCGCCCCCUAAUUAUAAGUAGAUUUGAUCCCUAGGUUUGACGAGGCUAGAGUCAAACCAAAGUGGCUAUACCCGCGCGUGCUUGUUCUCCACGAUUUUACAGGAAAAUAGUCGAGUAUGAACAGUCUUACUAGGUGGAUUGGUUUAGAACUCGGACUCCCUGAUAUCUGGAUAAAAUAAACCUUUCGGAAAGAUUACUCCGAUCCUUGCUCGAUCUGCUGCAAGUAGUUUCGACAGUUUACAUGAAGCGGUAAGGUUUCAGUACUCAAACGAAACAUAGUGCUUGUGUAGCAUAUAGCCGCUGAUCUCGAUAGAAGGAAACAGCAUUUUAUUAUUACUCUAAAAUAAAGAGCCAUAAUUGAGGACAGAGACCAUAAAUAGUAGAUACCAUUUUGAGUAGUGGGUUUGGUUCCAUUGAAGUAGUCAGAUGUUACAGUUGUAAGUGUCAAGGUUGUCUAUGGCCGUUUGAAGUGAUGACGUCAUAGGUGGUAUAAGGGACAAAGAUCUACAAGGGCGGUCACAGACGAUUCAGGUGUGAAUGGCCUAAGCCGUUCCGAGCCGAGCUGUACCGAAACCAUAUUCUUGCCCUUUGGUUUGUGUUUUGCUUUAUAUGCUUGUGUUUUGGUCAAUCUGUUUUCUUUUUUAAUAGGAAAGUUACAAAUUCUUAUAAAGAAAAAUUUCAUCUUGACAUAUGGUAAGUUGUAGAAUAUUGUCCCAUAUUAAACUAAAUAUUUUAGGAUUAUAACCAGAGAUCUGUGUAGAGUUUAAACUGCUGGUUAUGUAUUUUUAGCGUUUAACUUGAUUUGACUUUAUUAGCUCAUGUUAUACAUUAUUUGAUACCAAGGAUUGCUUUCACUGUUUGAAGGGAUUGUGACGACAGCGAUGUGCUGAAGGAAGAAGAUAACAAAAUCACAAAAAUUAAAGGAUUCUCCGGAAUGGGAAGGUACAGUAACAACAGGCAAAAUGGCCGCGCCUGAAAUCUUUUAUUCACCUGUCACUGAGAACUCAGAUCAACAAUAAUGCUUUUACCACCGUAACAAGCUUGGUCGUAUGUCGAUGAGCCGAGAAGACAGAGGUGUUCAGCACGAUGAACGAACGUUGUUAUAUAAGUGUGAAAAAAACUUUACUAUUGACUCUCUAUAAGCUCUGUUAUAAUAGAUCCCUUGUCAGACCUGUAUUUUAAAAGCGUGAAAUUAUUUUGUGCUGAAAUGUGGAGGGUAUUUUUACGUUCUUGGUUCGUUUUUGUUGCCAGGUUUUUUAAAGAUGUGAUGCAGUCUGCGAGAAAAUCAACUUGUGUUCAGGAUGGCAAUAUUGAUGAUUUUCUCGGAUUUAUUGAAAUACCAAUCAAGGUAACAAGCAGCUUAUAGAUCGAUAGAUCAGACUGAAGAAGGUUGUAGAGGGGCAAACUUGUAACUGUUCCGUUCAAAAUAGCGGGAAGCCCUUGGUUAAUUCUACCAAGAUUUUGGUAAACUCCAAGGAUACGAUAUGAAAGCUGUGAAGGAAAAUAUCAAUUAAUAUUAUUAUUUGGGAAAUAUUAAAUAUUCUUAGUUUCAAAGACCUUCCAAUAAGAAUGAUACUGGUAUUUGACUUUUCCCAGGAAAACGUUUACGAACCCAUCCACAUGCUAUCCGCGUUAGCCAUUGGUUGUUGCAUGGUCGGCUCGGCAUGGCCCCGAGUUGCCAGUGUGUGAGAAAUUUUGGGGAGUAAGGUAGCAGUCUUGGAAAGUACAUCCUGUUUUGGGCCGACUGAAAAAGGCUAUAACAGUUCCUUGGUAUAAUCAUUUCGAAGAAGUUAAAACUCUCAUUCUCUUAACAUAUAAUUUGAUCCAAAAAGUCUUGCUUUCCAGUUUACGUAUUGCACAUUAAGCUGUUGUUGUUUUUGUUUUUCAUGCGUGUUUAUCUGUGGUUGGUCUCCCAGAAUAUACCAUCGAGUGGCAUUGACGAAUGGUUUAAACUUGAAGGACGUUCCUCCAAGUCACAUGUAGAUGGCGACUGCCACUUAAAAAUCACGCUGACAACUGGAAAGGUAAUCAACCUAGCGUUACAAAUCACUUUACAGCUGAUAUUGUAGGGACUGCUGAUAAGACCUCUCGUUGGCUACUUCGAGGUCGAGUGAAAUAGCUGUUUCCCGAAAAAAGGGAGGAGUUUAAGCCAUAGAUUGCAAAUCUGUGUCGUCUAUGGUUAAUAAUACAUUGUCACUUGUGAAUGUUGGCCAACAACCGUUGUACUCCUUUUGGGUCUUCUGACGUUUCGUGUCUUGGCCGUGCCAUAUGACGAAUCAUUUAAUGACUGGUCCCCCAGCAAAUCUCUUAAUUCUGUCCCCCUAAUCCUCAGGUUUUACCUCCCCGUAAACCCCUGAGUUGUAUGUUCCGCCCGUGACCACCCCUAGAUGCCCAGAAUAUUUGCGUACUAAUUCAAGGUGGCCCAUGAAAUUUGUUACUUGAGAAAAAGGUUAACCUUGAUCAUUUUUCUACGUUAUUGUUUUGCAGAGACCUGACAUACCGGAUGAGAUAAAACAUCUUUAUCCAACAGCCAUAGAUAUAUAUGGUGCUCUAUUGAGAGAAUUUAUCAAUUACGGCUCUGAACAUCAGGUAAGAGGCUGUCGUGAAAAAAAUAAAAACUACGUUGUCUUCUUUCGUCAGUUUUUAAGCAUAGCAUGUAUGCAUAACUGACUGGAGGGUUGAGAGUCCCAUCAAAAAAUUUCGAGCAAUUCAAACUUGAGGUGUUGUUUUCACUCUUUAGGAACCGAGCAAUAAAAGAAGUUACGAUCAGCUGUGUCCUCAAGCAGAAUUUAUUCUUCAUCAGCAUGCUCUUCAAAACGAACUCACAGAACUCCAACAGGCAUGCAUGUGAGUUCAAUUUUUGCUACUGUAGUCAGUCAUUACCUAAAAUUUCUGUAACUUUGCUAUUAGUUUUGUUUUGGCCAUCUGUCUGGCACUGGACGUUUCAGUUUUCUCGGGAGUCAUAGUCCAGGAGUAAGGAAUAAUUAUCUACAUGUAUGGGUGCUCUAGAGAAACCAAUCACUCUACAGUGACUCUAGCUAUCUUAGUAAGAGUAGUGGUUAGCUACUGAUAACGUUCCUAAAACUACCUUCAGGUGUGGACAAUUGUCUUAAGCGUUGUUUAACAUUUAGUCUCCUUGACAACUUGAACAGCCGGUAGCAGGCCUGCUUCACGCCGCAGACAUCUGCUCUGCGCCAUUUGGACUCAAAAUCGCUUUAAACAAACAUGGCAUGUCUGCGAUAACUUAAAUUGUGGGAAACAGUUGCCCGUGCUGUCAGAGAUCGUCUGAACAUGUCCGAUGAGACAGCUUUCAACCGGCUGUCGCAGACCGCCCUUUAUCGUUACAAAUUAUAUGGAAACCAGCGGUCCUUGAGACCAUAUUAGGCAAAGACUGGCACAGAUCGUGGGUAGCUUAUUAUGGUUCGUACAAUCGCGGUCGAUACCUUUUAUUGUGGCACAGAGAGUGUCACCCUACCAUGUGAGCGAAAGAGCAACAGGAAACGCAGUCUAUACAUUGCAUAAUGUAUGUAAGAUUAAACUAUACUAUCAUGAUUUGUCCCACAGAAGCUGGAGUUUGUUCAGUCAUCAUCACUGGAUAGAACCCAUGAAGUAUAGCUCAUUAAACAACAUGUUACUUAAGAUUCACGAGAAAUGGAAAACUGGAGAGCUUAGUCAGAGAGAGGUAAAACCGUUAUGCAAGUUCUCUUAAGAUUUUAAGUGACAAGAGAGAUGUGAACUUGUAUGCAAUUACUGCAUGCAGUGUUUGUAAGGUGAUACCCUCAGAAGGAAGAGGAAAGGUACAGUAACGAUUGAUUGCUUAGAAUUUCAGUACUUAAUAUGCUAUUUUCGGCAUUCUGACUUAUUAAUGGCGCGGUACCGUUACACAGAGCCUUUUUUCUGUGAGAUGAGGCCUUUUACCUGACAAAAAAUAAGAAUAUGUUUGAGAUCAAUUUAUCCUGGGAGAUAACCAUGGAAACUUAAAAAUGUGCAAAGAAACAACCGUGUUAGUUACUAAGAUGUUAUGUCAAUCAGAUAAGUCCUAUAAUAAAACAACCAACACGUUAAAUUUCCCGCGUGAAGGACGCACAGCAGGCUGUAAGUCCCGCGGGAAACAAACUUAAUUGUUUUCGCUUUUGCCUCUUUUCAAACGGUUGGCCGAUCUUACCUGACGGUUUUUGUCCAAGAUAACUGGGGGAGGUGGGGCUUUCCUGUCCCCUAUACCCAGAUCAGAGUUGAGUCGCCGCUAGUAUGCAACCGCGAUUAUUAUUAGAGAAUAAUCACUAAUCAAAGAAAACAUGUGUGACAGCGUGUCCAGCCCACUUCAGCCUUUUCAUGUCGUGUCUUUUUUUUGUUCCAGGAGCGUUCACUAGUCAAGUCCCUUAAGCAGUUUACAGAUAACUGUUGGAGGUUGAUGAUGAAAUAUCGAGAGGUAUUCCCUGCCACUGAUAAAGGAAAACUUGGACGAUUGAUCAACCUUCUGGAGUAAGUUAACCGCCAACCAUACAUUAAUCCAUAACUUUUGACUGCUUUUUCCAAAGAGAGGAUGCUAGUUACACCCAGUGGUACUUUCGCUUGCAUUUUUUUUCAUUUGUGAUUUCCACUACUACGACUCCCAUUGGAGAAAUGAGCUAAAUCAAGUUUGGGCACUGUUUCUCUACUACCUCUCAAAAUUGUGAUUCAUUUGCAAAUUAAUUACGAGCUUAGACACGGACAGCUUCUUUGAUGAAUCUAAUCUCGUUAAAUUUUGUUUAUAUCAGGUGUUUAGUGAAUCUUUACAAGCUUGAGAUUUUCAAAGAUGUUGUUACAGAACCUUUGAAUGUUCAAAUAUCCAAUCUUCUUAAGGUGAGUCGGAGAUAAGUGUUGUCGCCAUAUAUCGGAGAUUUUAUUUGUCAAAGAACUUUUGUUUUUAUUACCUUUCAAGAAUGAACUUGUUCAAUUUGUGCUUGCUAUUUGCCAUAACGUAUAAAAAACUACUAUCUUGGACAAAAAUAUUGAGAAAAAUGGACGUUACUAUGUCUAAUUUUAAGAAAAAGCUCUUGAAAACAAUGGCAGCCACAAAUACUCCCCCACCCCCCCCCCCCCAAAAAAAAACCCCAAUGUUGUAGUCCGGCUGGAUCAUUUUUGAUCCCAAAUAAUCAACUUUGACCAGGGUGGGGCGAGGGGAUGGGCCAUAGCCAAAUCCGCGAGAUAGGCGUUCUGUGGGUAAGAAAUUGCAAAACUCUCAACACUUUUUGUCCAAGAUUGUAGCUUGUGAGGAAAUGCAGAAUGACCCCUGGGUAUACAGUGGCUUCUGGAGACACUAUCGGUAUUAAUUCUUUAUUACAGUUGUAACAACGCCAAGAUAGCAAAUUGCAAUUUACUUUUAUUAUACACUUAGUGUCAGGUCCCGAGGUAAACAGUUAGUUUUGUUUUCCCGAGAGUCCUUCAGUUCCCGAGACAAAGUCGAGGGAAACAUCAGGACUCGAGGGAAAACAAAACUAACUGGUUUCAAGACUUUCACUUCAACGGCAUCAAAAGAGUAACCGGAGCGAACCAAAACAGUCGACUCGGUACUUUUAACAACACAAAUUUAGUUCUUAAAACCACUGAAUGAAUGAUUUACAAAGUACUUUCCUUAUAUUAUCUGCAUCUUUUUCCUCCACUAGCUGCUGUUUCUCUUCUGGGAUGACUUUAAAAAUCGUUGCUUUUUAGCUUGGGACUUCGUGUUUGUGUUCAAGUUGUUGUGUUCAUUCACGAAAAAGAAAACUGGCAGUGUUUUUCCCGCCUUCUGUCACACCACUUUCCACCAUGCUUUGAUCGCGUGCUGUAAUGUAUCCCGAGCGGGGUACAUUGCUUAAUGUAUCACGAUCGGGAUACAUUUGAUUUUAGCCAAGGCCACGUCACCAAGAAUCAACCAAUGGGAGUCCCUGUUGAGUUGAGUGAAAGUCCAGGAAUAUAACAAGAAGCUUUAUUACACGUCUUUAAAUGCCCAAAAAUUCUUCCUAGAUUUGGUCAUUCGUCAAAUUUGAAGAGGGCCCUGGCCCUUUAACCUUCUCGUAUAAAUAAAUUUUUUGUGUGUCCUAGGAAUCUGCUCUUGCUUGGUACAAAAAGGUGUUUGCUUGGAAGGAACCUCAUACCAAGGUACAUCUACGUGCAUCCUGUCAUUUGACUCUUUUUUACUCUCGGUGAUUCAGUGUUUAACUGAUAAAGGACCGCAGGUUUCCUUAAGAGAGAUAGAAUACGGCCGUUGGUCACCUGGUGUAAGUUACAUCAGAAGCAUAUAAUCCUGGAGCGUAUAAAAUGCCCUUAUAUGUUAAGAAUCAAGCUGUGGUUUUUUAGCCGUCCAAUCAAAAGCCCCCAAAUUUUUUUUUGCCCUAAUAUGGAAUCAGAGAAAUGAAGGUAUUCCUGUCUAAAAAUCAUCACUGGACGGCAUUAACGACCGGUCUAUUCAGACGUUACUGAGGGAGUAAAAACGGCUCGAAGUAAUUGUCUGAAAUUUAUCCUAGGCCUGAAGGAGCCUGAUGAGUCAAUUUUGUCUUGUCCGGAGGAAGUCAGUCCUGGCCAUUUUGGGAAUAAUAUUCCGAUUUUGGUCGAAUUUUACUGGUAAAACUGUAAUUACCUUUUGUAGCGCUUCCUUCUCUUCAGUACUUCGCGAUACAAGAUUUUCCUAAGCACUCGCGCUACAGUCGCGCGUAUCAGUAAUUCCAUAUUAAGAAGUACUUUUGGAUUGGUUCUCCAAAAAGAGGUUAUCCGCGGCCGCUUACUAACCAAGCGCGAGGGCCGUACUGGGGAAUAUUGGCCCAAGGUCGUAGCAGUACGGACCGAGCGCAGCAGGACAACUGGGCCCUGGUUACAUAAUAUAGAAAGCCUUUAAUGCUAAUAACUAGGGUAAAGAGAGGGAAACUUAGUUAGAUGUGGCGAAGUCUUUGUAUAUAUUAGCGUUAGAAUUGCGAGCAGACAUUAAAAAACUCCAUCGUUGAUAAUGGCGGUGUUUUUGUUGUUACUGCAGACUGAGGAAGCCAUGUUAUCCGCUAUGGUGGAGGUAGCAGAUGCUUUAGUUACUGACAUGUUUCAAGCCAAGACCUGUUACAGAAAGAUAUUCGCAGUGUGAGUAAACGUACUGUAAAUAGUUCAGUUAAAGCAUUGACAACACAAAAUUGGCACGCCCUAACUGUACUCUCGUGACUGUUACUUGCUGGCCAAGCUGUCCUUAAGUCUCUAUGGCUCAAUUAAAGAGCGACUGAGCAGUACACAAGUAAAGCAAGUCUUGGGUUCGAAUUUCGUUGGGACACUGUAAUCUCUCUCUGUGUUUUAGGCGGUUAUAGGGAAGAUUUGACUGUGCAGUCCUUUCUGUUUUUCCUUUCGACUCCAUUACUGCGCUUCCUAUCCCGGAUACCCCCUGAUUUCUGCUAUCUCCCCUUGUGGGUCAUAGUUGCUACAGACACUAAGACAUCUUUUUUAAAGACCUUAUUUAGCUCAUCCUUUGCUGUGGUACUCUUGAUUAAGGUACCGCCGGCCCUUCAUCGGACUUUCCCAAUAGCUGGUCUCUAUCCUUACCUAAGUUCUAGAGAGGUUUAUGAAACCAAGAGUAUAGUUGGUUACCUUCAAACGUUCCCGCUGAGAUCUAAUUUAAGGGCAAUGAGUUCUCCCUCUUUGAAUACAGACCGAAAAGCUGUUCAUGUGGAAUCCCUGAAGCGCUGUUGUCUUUUCAUUGCAGAACGGAUGUUAAGUACUUCACUACAGUAUACAGUCAGUUGGAGCUGAUGGUAUUUUUUUUUUUUUACUUCUUUUAUUUAUUCAUAUAUGAGCAGCGUGAUUAGGGUUUGUUGCAUCAUUCCUUUAGGGGGGCGUUUUUUUUGAGAGGGGUGCUUUAUAAAUGAUUUGAAAGCUUAAAUGACUGGCAUCUGGAUUUUCUAACUGUUCGCAAACUGCCUUCCAUUGGGACGUUUGACGCCGUUGACGUUCCUUCACCCACCAGACUUCGCUUUGGCUUGUCCACAGGCGGCCCAGACGUAGUAUGUGUCACUGAAUGAAUAUAUUAAUAUUCACAUGGACAAAUUAAUGCGAUGAGUCGUCGAAACUCCCAUGGACUAAAAUAGUCCAAAAGUCAAAAUAUAACAAAACAAAGCUAAGAUACCUUCAACUGAACGUAUCCUUGUCUUUCCUGGCCGGUUUAAGUGGCAUUUUGUUGAGUUUUGCAAUUGUAGGUACUAUCUACUAAAGAAGAAUUAAAGGCUGGCUACAAAACAAACAGACCAUCUCCACGCGCCUUCACACGAAGCGCUAUAAAUUCGAGAAUAAUCGACGAAUCCGCUCCAAAUAACCAUCGGCUAAUCUGCAGGUAACGUGUGCUCCUGCUUCUGGCUCGCUUGCUCCACAAAACCCAUCGCAACUGCACAAUAAUUGCUCGCUCAUCAACAACCACUGUUGACCUUUACGCUUCGAUAUGACCGCAAACGACCAGGUUUAAUACGCGACGUGAAUAUUCAAGCUUAGCGACCGCGUUCGCGCAACAAUGCAGCACUUGCUAUGGGAGGGAUGGUGCUAUUGCUUCUAGGUCAAUCUAACCUGAGAUCAGGCCCAAUUUGAGCGGUUCUCAUACAUUCUCUCUAACGUCUACCGCUGAAAUUUUCGUUUCGCCUUGCCCGCCGGAAUGUAAUUUUCAAAGCGAAACGAAAAUAGAGCCUGAUCUCAGGUUAAGGUCAAUCAAUCGGGAAAAAAAUAUUGAAGCCCUUGUAAUUUUUAAAAAGAUCCAAUUUGCCCUAGGAGCACCAAACAGAUACGAAUCUUAUAGCGGACCUAAAAAAAUGAGCGGCAGUGGAAAAAGUGAACAAGAACAUGUACCACAUUUUCUCCAUAAAAGGUGAAAACCAGGAAGUUUUCUGGACGUUUCACGUUGCAGUCAUGCAAAUAAACGGCAAGGAAAUGUACAAGAAAGUGUGCUGCAAUUAGACCUAUUGUUGUUUUUCACAGUUCUGGUCAAGGGCAUCCAACUUUUAAUUUUUCACAUUUCACUCACCGGGUUAGGCUAUUUUUCGUAGGAGUAAAAUGGAAUCAUAAAAUUUUCGGAUUCAAAAAUGUGAUGAAAGAAGGUAUCUGAAAAAUUAUCUCCUUCGUAAUACGUUAAAUUGCAUCUAAAAUUUUCGGGAAAAUAAUUCUGAAUUCCUCGUAAUUUCGAAAAGACUCAAGUUCCUCUAGAAUGGCCGAACACUGAGAUGCAAAUUUUAUAGCGCCGCUUAGAAUGCAUUUCUAUAGAGCUAAAAGUACUUUAUGAAUAGCUACAAAAGUGUUUCAGUUGAAAGUAUUUGAAGAAACAGUCGUUGGGUGGCCCUGUCUCGUUGCCUUCUCCGCUUGGCAUUACACGAUAUAUUUUAUAUUUAGUAUGAGCAAACUAUGAAUCAUUAGCUUCGCUUUUAGCCCUCCUGACUAAAUUUAUGUAAGCGCUGUUUAGAAUGCAUUGUUCGAUCAAAAGUACUCUGGACAGCCUUAAAUGUGUUUUCAAUGCAUUUAGGGGGAAAUCAUCGUUGGGUGCCCCUGAGUUUUGAGAAUAAUAAUAAUAAUAAUAAUAAUAAUAAUAAAAGAUAGCGCGCACAUAAAUUUUAAUUUAAUUUUACUGAGACAGCGAACGUUAGAAGAAUUCGAACUUGAAAACCAGGGCUGCCCUGUUGAAAACUUACGGACGGUCCCGCGAUCGCCUUUUGCUUUCUGGUCAAAACUAACGCAGCGAACCUUCGGUCAGUCGAUUGACCUAGAAGCAAUAGUACCAUCCCUCCCAUGGCAAGUGCUGUAUUUUUGCGCGAACGCGGUCGCUAAGCUUGAAUAUUCACGUCGCGUAUUAAACCUGGUCGUUUGCGGUCUUAUCGAAGCGUAAAGGUCAACAGUGGUUGUUGAUGAGCGAGCAAUUAUUGUGCAGUUGCGAUGGGUUUUGUGGAGCAAGCGAGCCAGAAGCAGGAGCACACGUUACCUGCAGAUUAGCCGAUGGCUAUUUGGAGCGGAUUCGUCGAUUAUUCUCGAAUUUAUAGCGCUUCGUGUGAAGGCGCGUGGAGAUGGUCUGUUUGUUUUGUAGCCAGCCUUUAAUUCUUCUUUAGUAGAUAGUACCUACAAUUGCAAAACUCAACAAAAUGCCACUUAAACCGGCCAGGAAAGACAAGGAUACGUUCAGUUGAAGGUAUCUUAGCUUUGUUUUGUUAUAUUUUGACUUUUGGACUAUUUUAGUCCAUGGGAGUUUCGACGACUCAUCUCAUUAAUUUGUCCGUGUGAAUAUUAAUAUAUUCAUUCAGUGACACAUACUACGUCUGGGCCGCCUGUGGCUUGUCACGCAACACUACCCAACAAUUGUGACGAAGGAACGCGUGACGAAACCUUAAGAACUUCUGCGUAGGGCUAUUGGCACACUUUUAGCAGCGUAAUUUAGAAACUCGAAGUUAAAAUAAAGAUAGAAAUGGAAAUAAACUACAUUUUGUUCAACCCUUAGUUAAAGUUAAGAAACUGUUGUAGUUCAAACCAUUUCGUGCAUUUUUGUUUUCAGCUUGCUUCUGAUGUCCACAACACGAUGAGGAACAUAGACAAGCGCCUCAAACAGGAAAGCGGUGCUGAUAUUGUGGGAGAAAAGCUGUUUGCAUUAUACUUGGCAGUCAGGGAAGCCAUUACUUAUAGAAGCAUUGGAGAAGCCAAGUAAGAAUGCACUGUAGUGAACUCACACAACUUCAACUAUUACCACUUCUGUCAUAAGCUCUAGGGAGAAUGGGUACAAGCUUUUGCCGCAGUGAGUUCUGGGAUCGUUAAGGCGGAAAAGCGUUAGUUAUGAUUGGUCGAUGGUAUUCAAGGAAGGCAUUAAGCACUCUUGCCCAUCCUAACCGGAUCCAGGAAAUCGUUGCACCGAAAGCUUGCACUCGAGCGUUGAACUGGCAAUCCGGAGGCCUUGAGUUCAAGUCCACAACCUGAAUGCUACUUGGAUUUAUUCGCGGCAGAGUUAAAAUCCUCCACUACUCUUGUAAAUAAGGCAAUUGGUUUGCCAGCUGAUUUUCUUAACCUUCUUGUGUUGUUUAUUUGUGUCAUUCAUUUGUCGGCCACACUUGCCUUUGUGGUAUAUAAAAUAUUGCUAAUUGAGUUCGAGACUGUUAUGUUCCCUUCUUAUGGCUAAAGACAAUCUCAAGAGACCCAGGGUAUAACAUUAAUGACACAGUUUUUAUCUGCCAACAUCUCUUUUUCUCUAGCUAGUCUGUUUGAAACAUUUCCAAAAGGUUGAUCACGUUUCAAAACUCCUCGCAACUUAACUGGUGCACACAAAAUUUUCAGGAGCUAAGGAAUGUAUCGAUCAAAUUUUCCUGGAAAUUUAAUCAACCAGUCAAUACUUUCAUUGUUAACCAAAAAUUAUAGCUUCCUUAUCAUAAUUUGCGGUAGUUUCCUACGAUGGGUUUUCUGUGUUGUCGCUCAACGCUUCUCCUUAAGAAGACCUUCGGAGGAAAAACGGAUUUCCCCGGCUUCUUGGGUAACUACUUUUUGAGGAGUUGCCUUGUUUGUGAUAUUUCUCUUGUUCUUUCUCAGGUCAGACCACUUGUAUGCUCUCGAUGAUUACCAUCACUGGUUUAAACAGUCUGUCAUGCGGUGGCUUGAUAUUGCGCAAGUCAAAGCCAGAGAGCGAAUCAGAAAGGCAGUGGAAAUUGACACGGUAUGAACAAUGCCUAUAGGGCAGUCUAUUAAAUUAUUCCUCUCGCGAAUGCGAGUUUAUAAUUUUGUCGGAGUAGAGAGAAGUGUGACGUCAAGUCACCAUGAUAGCAAAAUUUCUUAACUUAACUUAAGAUACCACGAUGGCGACAGCGGCGGCGGCGAAAGCGUCACGUAACGCAACUUCGCGUUCAUUGAAACUUCUGAACAAUUAUCAUAACUCGCUCACUUUGUCUAAUGCCGUAGGGGAAUUGUCCUAGAGUUGAAUUCUUAAGAAAAAUAUCCAAGUUUGAAAAGAUAAAGAGAAAUCCGUCGUCGUAUGUACACGUGGUUGCUCCUCAAGUCAUAGUCGGCAAAGAAAUGAUCCAAAAACAGUGUGCUGCUCGUGCAAAGCUGCUGUUUUGCUAAUGGUAACCUAUGACGUUCUCGUUGCCGCUGCCGUCGUCGUAGUGACAUCUUCAACUCCCUAUUAGAAUAUUCAGAUAACAGCUAGAAACUGCGGAGCAGCGAGAACAUCGGCUGCAAUAGGCCAUUUGCACGAUGGCGUCAUUUUACUACUAUGACCACAAUUCUUUUCGUUUCUCCUUCACAUUUAAAUUUGGUAAUCCCAGCGAGGUUUAAUUAACUUGCACAAGAAAGCAAAAACCCGAAGGAAUCUGGUCGUAGUAGUAAAUGACGCGAUCAUGCAAAUGGCCUGUUGUUUUUAAGCCUUCAAGUCUUUGCACCUCCAUUCGCGAAUCGGAAAGGUUGUUGACAUAUUAGAGCAGCCAAACGCAUAUAAAUAUCUUGUCUUCCCCGGAAUUCAUCACUUAACCGUUCGUGAUCUCAAUGAAAUUGUUUCCCUGGGCAAGUCAAGAAAUCUAAAACUUAUAAACUUGAAAAGUCACGCUCCGUUUAUCAUCUAAUUGCACUCUGAAAAUUUACUCGAAGUGUUUUCCCCUUUUAUACAUCACAAAUACACAGAAAUAACAUAUCUUUCUUUUGAAAAAAGGCGUACUCGCCCUAAUUCCCAGGGGUCAUUUUUAUUGUCUUCGCUUUAUUUAUUUUCAAACUGUAUUCUCCAUAUUGUCUGUACUGUCUCCGUAUUGAUAAAAUCGAACGUGCUCACGGUUUUUUGAUUUGCAAAUGAAUUUGCAUGUGAUGAACUGAUUUUAUCGGCCAAUCAGAGAUCUUCCAGAGCUUAGUGAUCCUUGGUGCUGACCAAAAGGAUCGCAGCCUGUGGGAACGAGAUUGGACCCUGCCAAGGUUAAUUCCAAUUGAAAGGUUUGUUUCUCUUUAUACCCUGGACCUUGUAGUCUUCUUGUAGUAUGUUUGAUUCUUCACUGCCUUUGUAGAUUUUAAGGAUUGACGAAAGCGUGAAUCACUCAACUUCGACCGUUGAUGCGGCGGGCUGUUUUUAUCAGGUGUGUAAUCCAAAAAAAUGUAAGAAAAUGUUAUUGCACCUAUUAAGUGCGAGCUGAUAUUUUCCAUGCACAGACUUGUAGAAGAUUAGGAUAAUCAGCAAAUUUUUUUGGUAGCAGUGCUUAAAGAUAAAUCCAUUGUCUGCUUUGAGUCCUAGGGUCAGGACCCCCCAAAAAAAAAAAAAAAAAAAUACCUUGUCAUUAAAACUGCGUGGGAGUGAUGUAGCUCGUGCCAGGCUCUCUGUCAGUGUAGACGAGCUAGAAAAGCGAGCGAGAGGUGAAAUAGCCAUCGAGCGAAAAACGGCGGGAAGAGAGAAAGGGAGAGCCUGUAAGUUUCUUUUCAAUCACUCAUUCCGCCUUCUUCCUGAAAAACCGUUUCUCGUGUCAAAUCAAAUGAUUGACGUAAGCGUUGACGUAAACUGUUACAAUUGACCAAUCGUAGGGUAUACUAGAAGCUGGUAUACUGGAAUGAAGUAUUGAAAACAACGCUUACCUUAAAUGAUCGAUUAAGAGCCGCGGCCCUUAUUUCAUUCUCCCUGUUAUAGGUGCGGCGGUUAUAUGAGUGCGGCGCUUAUUUCAACCACGGGUAAAACACUGAGGGUAAUAUAGAGAGAAAUUAAGUGAGGUGCGUAAUAGGUAUGCACAAUUUAGUGUCAAAUAUGUACACCCCCAACCGUUAUAUGAACCCAGUUUCAAGAUUUCCCUACAUUAAAACUUUAGAACUCACGAGUUGUUCGAGGUCUUAUUUCUCAAGCGAUAUGGUUUUGAUAUCUCCUUAUAUCAAGCGCCGUAGCAAAGGUGGGGCUUUAAUAUGUUAAUACCCAAAUUAGCGCCGCGGUGCCUAUUAAAUUAUUUUCGGUAAAGGUGAAGCGCUUAAUCGAUCAUUUACGGUACAGGAUCUUACAGGCUCCACCACUACGUCUCUCCCCAGCCCCCACGCUUUUUUCGCGCAAUUUUUCUCGAUUCUAACUAUCGUGGAGUAGGAGUAAUGCUAUCAUACUUGGACUAUUUCAUAUUUAUCUAUCACUAAGUCGAGUCUUUUUUAGUCUAAUGGUUUCUUUCUUUCGCUGGGCUUAUUUGCAAGCUGAAUUAUGGAUGAGGUUAUUCCAGAUGUCAAAAAACCAAACCUAAUAAUUGUUUUAUUAGACAUUGCUUUGAAAAAAAAAUAAUGAAAACCACACUGUUCUCGCACAGAACACUUGCUUACUUGCUUGCUUAUUUCGAGCGAACUCGAACUAAGUGCACAGUUCGAACACAGUUCGACAUUGCUCGUGGAAAUCAUGCAUAGCGCACGCAACCCACAGAUAAGUCUGUUAUCUACUGGCAGAUAACUAACUAAAAAAAGUUUUAAAAAAAAGGUUUAAGGGUUUGUUUGUAGUGGAAAGUGCACUUAGCUUAUACAGCUAGUUUACAGGCGCACCACUCAAAUGCUUAGAAACAAAUAAAUCAAAUGCGACAUAACUGUUUAAAAGCCCCAACUGGCAGGAGGCAACCAGUUGGAUACUUACAAGCGUGGCCAAGGAUUUGAAUUGGGGACGACCGAGAACAAAACCAGCAAGCGGCCAAAGCGGAACUGGAACUCGGGGACCAUCGGAUUGCGAGUCCGACGUUUUUAGCACUCGGCCACUCUGCCUCCCAUAAUCCGUAGGUUGUGCUGAUUCCCAAAAUUAACUGUAGAUUCUCUGCCAGUGAGAAGACAGACAGUGGGUAAAACGUAUGAUAAUACAAGUUAUCCAGUUUAGUACCUUGUACCGUAACUCCACUACUACAUCGUUCACUUAGCUCGACGAGAGAAAUAAUUAACCUGAUUGGCUCUGUGGGGUUCACGGACGUGGCCGAAUCGUCGCAAUUUCACAGUUUUUUAGGUGAAAAAUAGGAAUUAUUUCUUUUGUUUCUGUCUCAUUUGCCAGAUCCGGGAAUUUUGGAAGAAGCUUGCUUGGCCAGACCCAGCUGGGUCAUACGUGUUUGUCAUGCAAAUUACCGAGGUAUGUAAAGAAUUGAAAGCACAACACGACUGCCAUAAUUACGAUUUGAGACAGGGCUAGAGAGAAGUGUGACGUCACGUUAGCAUGGUAGCAAAGUAGUAUAGUAGGGAUGUUUACUCUUUUUUGCGCAGGAAUGCUUGAACCCCGAUGACGUCGUAGCCUUUCGUCUUUAUCUCAUGAAUUAAAUGCGAAGGAAUCUCAUUAUCUUCUCUUUUUCGUCUUUCUAACAGAUCAGAAAACAAUAGACACACCAUCCUUGACUUGUUUUACAGGUUUUUAGUUAUUUUUUGGUCUGUAAAUAUCUUGGUUUUCGAUUGGUUGACUAGAAAAUAUGAAACGUUUUCAUUGGUUAAUUCAUGGUAUCUGAUGAGUAAAGUCAAACUCGCAUGUGACUUACAAUCACUGAGCCGUGACGUCGAUGUAGGGUCGAUGUGGUCGUGGAUGGAAAUUUAAAAUAAAAAGUAAAACUAGAAAGGGAAAAUAAAGUAAUUGUGGAGGAGUAGGAGGGGUGUGGGGUAAGUAGAACAUUGUCUUUUGUGGUAAAAUGAGCUAGUUUGCCUUUGCCCUCAUUAGUAUGCACGAUUUGCCCGCCAAGAAUCAGUGAACCGGAACUAGGACAGUGACAGCGGCAGAAAAUACAACGUGAAUAAUUACGUUACGGCUCGUGAUUGUAAGUCACGUGCGAGUUUGACUUUAUUGCUCUGAUACCAUGAAUUAACCAAUGAAAACGCGUCAUAUUUUCCAGUCAACCAAUCGAAAACCAAGAUAUUUACAGACCAAAAUAUAACUAAAAACCUUUAAAACCGGUCAAGGAUGGUAGGUCUAUUGUUUCUAUUGUAUUAGAAAUACCAAAAAGAGAAGAUAAAGAGAUUCCUGCGCAUUUUAUUCAUGAGAUAAAGACAAAAGGCUAUAACGUCAUCGGGGUUAAUGCAUUCCUGCCCAAGUUAAUGAGAUUCCCGCGCAAAAACAGGAAGAAAACCAUCCCCACUGUAUUGCAAGAGGGAGCUUAAGCAAUGAGGACGGCGACGGCAACGAGAAAAGGAAAAAAGCAAUAGGUUUAAUAAGCAAAACAACAACUCUGCACGUGCAUCACGCUUUUUUGAACAUUUAUUCUUAGCCGUCAUCGGACGACUGCGUCAGGUAA